CUUCUCUCACUGUUACGGACCCUCGUUUAGUGCCCCGCCUGAAAAGCUUAGGCUGCACUGUUCUGGACUAGCCCUUCGUUAUAUCAAUUCCUGCUAUCUCCAAUCCAUCGUAUUCAUUGCAAACGUUUUGCACCUGUAAUCAAAUCUGGACGAUGGUGAAUUCGCCCAUUUCAAAGCUCUCGCCUGAGCUGCUGGCGAAUAUCUUCGAGUUCCUACCUCCGGGGACUGCCCUGUUGAGCUGUCUCCUAUGUUGCAAGAAAUGGCAUUUCCUUGCCCAGGAAAUACUCUAUCGAGAUAUCGUUCUGAACAGUUCAUCGGUGGCGAAUUUCGUGCGACGAGUUCCCAGCACUCCUAGCACAGAUGCCCUCGUUCAGUCCAUCACCCUCCAAGUAGAUCCACUACAAGCGGACGCAGACGAAGACCAGAAUGCCAUUGCAUACGAAGGCAGCCGAGCCACACAACAGCUCUGGCGCUCUUUAGACAAACUUGCGAUACGAAUCCAAUCCAUGACCAGGCUGAGCAGUCUCUCUAUCUUCCGGACACCGGCCCCGGCAUUCUCUUCGUUCUGGAUCUCGCAGACCAGUCUCGCGAAAAUUGUCGAUAAUCUACCAGAGACAUGUACGAGUCUCGAAAUCGACACGAGAGAUAAUGACGAUGGUGCCAAGCCUGGCUCUGUGCACUUGUGUCUUUCUAUUCGCCGUGUUCUCCCAAGACUCCACUAUCUGCGGCUCCGGCUGAAUAGAAUUUGUCCUGAGAUUUGUGGUGGCUUUGAUGCGAACGAAUCAGAUAUCAAAGACUCAUACAAACCGUCCAAAGCACCCAAGUUGAAAGAAUGUAUCAUCAACUUGACACUUCGUACGCCCUAUCCACUUUGCUCCGGUAUAUGCGGAGUCUCGCCGCCUCAACCGAGUGUGGCCGUGAUGGUUACGGCUCUCCAAUCACUUGUCUCUACCGGGAGCGCACCAAAUCUUGAACAAUCGCGCGUGUUGGAUCUACAGGGGCAAGAAGGAGCAGAUCCUGCCUCCUAUCCGUCAUUUAUUCGUCGCGAUAUACUCUCAAAUACCAGCAGGAUAGUACCUAUUCGAGACAUUGGUGGAUUUAUCAAGCCCAGCUGGCUGAUUCGUGUGCCGGAUUCCGAGGGCGGAGAUUUGGUAUCACACCUAUGGGCGAUUGAGACCGUCGCAGAAGGAAGAGCCUGGCAGGAGACAGAACGGGGGACUCGACUCGCUGCUCCGGUUAUGAGGAAGAGGGGGUUUACUGCGUAUUUACCCGUGGAAACAAGAGAACGGUUCGUCAAACGGACGAACUUGACUUGUAUGUUGUGGAGCAAUGAGAAGGUGGCUGGGAUGAGAUUGCUGGAGAAUGAGGAGAGGGGGGUGCUAGAGACGCGUUCAGUUAGGGAGAAGAUCCCGAAUGGUUGGAUGCACCUCGAGAAUGAUGGAUACGUGUUGCCGAUUGAAUGAGAUUCAUGUGUAUUUGUGUACUUUUUUCUGGGGUUCUCAAUAUACGACUGUCAUAUAAUCCAG